AUGAAGUGGAAAGAAAGCAGAGAAAGUGGAAGUAGGGAAAGAAGUUGGGAAAGCGCGAAGAAGGAAAGACGAGAAAGUGGAAAGAAGGAAAGACCAGUAGUGGAGAGAAGAAAACAAGACGAGAAAGUAGAAAGAAGUAAGGAAGACGAGAACGCGGAAAGGAAUGACAAGGAAGUGGAAAGAAGGAAGGAAGGCAUUGAAGUUGAGAGAAGCAAAGAAGACGAGACAGUGGAAAGAAGGAAGAAAGACAAAGAACUGGAAAGAAGGAAAGACGAUACAAGGGAAAAAGAAGAGAACAUGGCAAAAACGCAAGAAGACGAGAAAGUGGAAAAGAAAGAUGAAACGGUGGUAUGUAAGAAAGAAUAUCAGAAAGUGAACAGAGAGAAAGAAGACGAUAACAUGAAAAGAAGGAAGGAGAGAACGUGA